AUGGCAGCGCCUCGGCGUGCGGGAGGCCAGAACAAUUACAGCUACACUGCUAAUGCCGCAAACAACAAGCAGGCUCAGCUCACCAAUGCAUAUCAGGAACUUGCGAAAGAGCUGGGCACAGACAAACUCAAGGUGGUAGGAGGAUACACGCUGGGACGUGUCAUCGGUGAAGGUACAUAUGGUUCUGUUCACAUCGCUACUCAUCGUCUGACGGGCACUCGAUGUGCGAUCAAAAAGAUCCCCAAAUCCUUCACCCCUCAUCUCACCCGAGAGAUCCACCAUCACAGGCGAUUACAUCAUCCGUCUGUCGUACAUCUGCACGAGAUCAUCGCUACAGAAUCGCACAUAUGGCUGGUCACCGAGCUAUGUAGUGGAGGAGAGCUGUUUGAUUAUCUGGUAGAGAGAGGAAGAAUGCUAGAGGGAGAAGCCAGGAAGUUGUUUGGAGAGUUAGCUGUAGCUGUUGGGUGGAUGCACCGUCAAGGGGUAGUACACAGAGAUUUAAAGUUGGAGAAUGUACUUUUGGAUGGGGAACUACGGAUAAAACUAGGCGAUCUUGGGUUUGUCAGAGAAUGGCAAAGGGGAAGACUAAUGGAGACUUUCUGUGGGACCACUGGCUACGCAAGUCCAGAAAUGCUGGCUGGGAGGAAAUACCUGGGAGUGGAGACAGAUAUCUGGUCGAUGGGGAUCAUUCUAUACACAUUGCUGUGUGGGGGACUUCCUUUCGACGACGAUGAUGAGGGGGUGAUGAAAGAAUUGAUCCUGAAGGGGGAGUAUGAGGAACCAGAAUGGCUGAGCGAAGAGGCCCGAUCACUCAUCCGAGGGAUGCUGCAGCAGGACCCCUCGCAACGUCUCACUAUUGAAGGCAUCUUCAAUCACCCAUGGUUCAAGAUGACCAUCGUUGAUCGUAUACAAGGUCAUGCUGGUGACUCCCAUUCCAUCCCGCCUUCACCUCUUCCCAUAAGCCCCGGCUCAGGGGACGAGUUCUUCGCCGAACCCUUCAUCAAGAACGGAUCUUCAUCCCGUCUCACCCCUCACAUGUCCCAGCCAUCUCCACUAUCCUUACACACUCCUACGGUCCCUCAUGUCGAGUCUGAGCCCUCCGAAACUUCUGCUGCCGAUAGCGAAGCUGGCACUGGAACCACUCCCCCCACCACGGCCGAAGAAGACGACGGAGAAGAUGCUGAACCACCGGUACACCGUGUGAACAGCAGCGAAUUCAGCGCAACCGAGAAAGCCCUCGAAUUGCUUCAUCCCAACAGUAGUCAGUCGACUAUCAGGAGACCUGGGUCAGCUUCACCAAAGAGCGGAUCAUAUGUCAAAAAUAGAGUUGCCAUGAAAACACACCUGGAAGGGCAAAAGGAGGAAGAUGAAGAUAACGAGGGUGAUGAUGUAGCGGCCAGUCUACCUAAUCUCGAUGAUCACUCACUUCACUUGCCUGUCGCUCAGCACUCACGUACUCCUUCGCGAACUAAACGACGUUCGGUAUCUUCGACUAUGUCUAUGGAACGUCGUCAUUCUCAUCACAGCAUGUCUGGCCAGUGGCAGAGGUAUCAUCCUGAAGAUUACCUCGCCAAGCUUAACGAGGAACGACCACCACCAUUCACCACUCCUUCGGAAAAAUUCCUACUCAACCAGCUGAAUGACAUGGGUAUGGAUACCGGUCAACUCAGACAUUCCGUUGAAAGCGACGCGUGCGAUUCCAGUGCUGCGUUGUGGUGGAUCUUACGAGCCAAGCAGGCCGAACGAGGUGAGACGGACGAUGUGAUUGUUGCGCGAGAAGCUACAGCUGCGAAGAAGAGGGAGAAGGCAGCUGCUUAUGCCAGAGAAGAAAGGCGAAAAGCCAGAGAAGCGGCCAAGGAGCAGGCUAGCGUCGCACCUGACUCCCUCGAAAAUCGCUCACCAGCUGUCACCUUCAAGGAAGAAACAGCAUCUAUACCGGUAACACCGUCAUUCACCAUUAUGGAUUUAGGUGCACCCAUCACUGGAUCAAGUCAGCCCAUCUUUGCCUCUCCUGAUAAUCUCCCUAUCUCUUCAUCAUCUUCUGCUAUUGAAGCACUGAACGCUACAAACUUACCGCCUUUUGAACUCAAACCCUCUCCUGGAACGCUCGCUCCGCAUUCUCAACCUCCCAACACUCCUCCUCAUGAGACUCCUCGAGAUCUGCUAUCAACGCCUGAAGCUUCACCUGCUCGCGGUGGUGACGAAGAACGCGGCGGAAAGAGACGCUCACCUUCCAUGUCUAUGCUCCAAAGAGCAACUUCAGCCUGGGUAGGCAGCAAGAAGACUGAGGAGAAAGACCGAGUACAAGGGGACAUCGAUUCACCUGCUUCAUAUAAAGACGAGAAGCAAAGCACCUCCCCAUCGAAACUCCACAAACCCCCUCCCAAGCCCAAGUCACUUCCUAGGUCCGAUGUGGAACAUGAAUCGUUGCUACGACCAUCUCCUGCACCCACUCCUCCCCUUAUAAAUACACCUCUCUCCACUCCUCAACGAGAACGGCCUGCACCAUCUCAGCGCAUCGGUGCAGCGGUAGACCUGACGGAAGACCUCCCUACAUCUUCCUCUGUUGGAUCCAUCACAGCUGAUCAACUCGUGGCUGGCCCUUCAAAGAAUGUCAAAGGAUCCAAACGAGACAGUCUGUGGACUACGUUCCGUCAUCUGUUCAACGAGGACAAGCGUAGGAGGAAAAGGGAUAUACCUGGUUCCCCAUUAGCAGCGGAAGUGAAAGCUGCACCUUCAGUCGUACUCAGUCGUGGAGCCAACGCACGUGCCCCGCAUAUCAAUAGAACACCUUUGGCUCUUCCGGGAUCAAGACGUACUUCACUCGAUGGUCGACCUGCUAUGCACUCUCGCCGGUCUAGCAGUGUCAACUCGAGGCGAUCCUCCUUUGAUGGGCAUAACCUGCAUGAUCCUAGCGAGUUGAGUGGUCUCCAUAGAAGGACUAGUCAGCGAAGUCAUGGUAGCCAAACUCCCACUUCGGAUCGCGAAUACAUCGACUUCCCCUCUAGGCCAGGCUCAUCGCACUCGUUGCAGCGAGGCAAUAGUCGAAGAUCAUCGAUGUCGGUACGCUCCCCCUCGCUCAUAUCGGAUAACGCCUCUGGCCGUUUCAAAAAUGGUGCACCGGCUUCACCUUUACACAAUUACCGUCGAAGAGCUCCUGGUGGAAGUGACUCAUCACGAGUACGACAUUAUCGAGUCAUUCCUGACAAUCAAUCUUUACGUCCUUCAUCGGUAGCAUCCAGCGUCAAAUCCAAUGCAUCGAGUAGAGCAUCUUCAGCAGAGGGAAGAAGGGAUAAGGGUGCGGGAGAUGAUAUGGAUGAUAGCGGACGUGAUGAUGCCUCUUCAUCACGCUCACAGCGCCGGCGAAGGGAAAGCAAAAGCUCGCUUGCUCAUCAGAUUCAUCGUACCAGAUCGCCACUUUCUGCUCAGGCUAAAAAGGGACCUAUUCGCGAUGUUUUCCAGAAGAAGCAAGAUGACGAUUGGAUAUCAGAAGAGGAAGAAGAGUAUGCAUGUGGACUCGGUCAGAUCGGUAGUAGUCGUACUGCUGGAAGUUCCAAUACGAUGUGGAUCAACGGUACGAGAGCAUCCGCUUUCGCUACGAAUGUGAACACUUCGAUGAAAGUAUCUACACCUUCAACCAAACGACGUGAAAGAGGUAGAAGAACGAGUUUGGAGGAAAAGCAGGAAAAUGAAAAGGGGAAGAACAAGGAACCUACAGGAUUAGGUAUAGGUUUGGAGAGCAUAAGUGGUGGUGGUGGAGGCGGUGGAGGCGGUGGGAGUAGAGCGAGAAGAGGUUUACCACCUGGAAGAUCGGCUGCGCCUGUCAUUGAAGAAGAGGAAGAGGAUGAGGAGUAA